AUGAAGAACCAAGAGCUUUAUAACUUGUUCAAGAACUCCAAGUUAGCUCAGGUUGCUACACCUUUACAUAAAACUUUGAGAGGACGUGACAAUGUACCAAGUCAUCAAAUAAUCUACACGCCAAAAUCUAGUGCUAUUAGAUCAAACUUCGGUAUCAAGACAGCGUUGCCUAAACAGAUUGGAUUUUCUCAUAUUGUGUAUAAUGACAUCGAUAACCCUAAAAAUAUGCCAGAUGUUGAAAGUUAUUCGGGUCCAUUAUAUAAUAGAUUGAAAUUCCAAGAAACGGGAGUUGCAGUGAAAAACUAUUUUAACGAGAACAAUCCAUUAUUUCCAAGCAAGACUACCAAAUCUACUGAUACAUCUACCUCUCAGUUAGACAGUGUCUUAUCUAAGUUCAAUUUAACUAACAAUGCUACUGGAGCAGAUGUUAAAAGAUUACUUCAAAAGAAUCCAGAUUUAUAUAAGAAAUUUCAAGCAUGGUUAGUCAAGAAUAGCCCAGAAUCGGUUAUGUCAAACAUACCAUCCAAGAUUGUUAAGUUAUUGAAAGAAUUUUUAGCUACAACAUCGGAUAUUAAAAAGCAGGAACUCGGUUUGAUAGAUUUAUCAAAGAAGGAAGGUAGAUCUACUAACAGGGCACCAACCAACAAGAUUCAAGGCACAGGAGGAUUUUCAUAUACCCAAAAAGGUAGAUUAGCUAAUUCUCCAAAUGGUAUCAGACAUGGUUCGAUAGCACCUGGUAGAAUGGUUGGCGAUAGAGAAGCAGCCAUUGGUGGAUUCAUCGCUAGUGUUAAUGACCGUACAACCUUAUUGCAAAACAACUACUCUAAGAAUUACCCUGGUAAACAUCCAAGACAAUUUGUAAUGCCAUUUAAGAUCAAUGAAGCCGAAAUUACCGAAAAUGGUAGAGUUAAGGUAUAUGCUGAUGGUAUUAAGGUUGGUUCCUGGAUGCAAAGAACCAACAACAAUAAUGAAUUUAUUGAUAGAUCUAACUAUGAGGCUUCCAAUCCAAAUUUCGGCAGUGCCUCUGAAAGAAACAGUAAAGAUAACAUUCCAUUGGAAAGCUUAUUAAAUUUAAUAGGAAAUUCUAAGAAAUAG